AUGACAGGAGAUCCAUUGGCGACUAUGGGUCACGUCCAAGAAGACUUCAAUUAUGACGAAAAGGUCCAGGCGAUGGGCUUUAUAGGCGAGCAUUCAGAGAUGUCUUGGCUGUAUAAACUCAAACACGACCUUGACCAGGACAGCGCCGCAGUUUUCAACAAGAUCCUUGAGAGACCUCCAAUCUCAUAUCUUAACUACUUCCAAGACGACGUGAGGAUUCCUGGCCUUAACUAUGUGAGCCUACUGUGGCGACCUCCUCAACAUAUAGCAGACAAGCUCGUGGACGACUACUUCCAAGCUGUGCAUCCUUCAUUCCCUAUCAUUGGAAAGGAUAUCUUCCUGAGUCAGUACCGAUCCUACUACGUCUACAGCAACGCACAACCUGGGAAGCGAUGGAUUGCUAUGCUGAAUUUAGUAUUUGCUAUCGCCGCCGGACACUCUUUACUCUUCGACAGACAUCCCGAGAUAGGCGGCUACGGUGAACAUGGUGACUACUUUGCCCGGGCAUGGCGGCUCGGCAUCAGUGACGCCGCGUUGCUAGAUCAUCCGAACCUACAACAGGUACAGGUAGAAGGCCUGACUGCUUUCUAUCUACUUUCCAAAGGCCAAGUGAACAGGUCGUGGCGAGUUAUUGGCGUGUCGAUUCGAUCUGCGCUGGCGAUGGGCCUCAGCCUUCGUAAUGAGACAGAUAAUAUAAGCCCAGUCUCGAAGGAAACGCGCUACCGCGUGUGGUGGGCGCUUUCAAUGUUAGAUACCGUGUUAUGUGUGAUGACUGGCCGCCCACCCAGCAUCGGCGAGAUAUAUUGCACCACACCUCUACCGAUCCCAUAUCGAGAUGAGGAUCUGAGGACUGACCUCGUCACGCAACUCAUUAUCAAUCAAAGUGAGCGAAGUUGCCUGUUAGCGUCCUUGUUAUCUUCGACAGACCCGGACCUAGGUUCAGGUGGAACCUCAAUUAUGCAUCGAACACUCCCAGCUAGGACUGGAACAGACAAGACUAAAGAGAGCGAACGAGCAGCACAACCAGUGACCAAGAACGUCGCUCCCAACACAUCUUUAUAUUUUUUAUACGCAAUUGACUUAGACUUUCUCAUGCGAGACACAGUCGAAGCUUUAUACGCCCCCGGGGCGAUCAGACGAUCCUGGCUUGAGAUGGAGGUCACGAUAUCCAACUUCGAUCGUAUUACUAACCACUGGCUCUCACGUCUCCCUGUUGAGUUUUCCUUCGCGAACCUAGACGGGGACCAGUCAUUCGUUCGCCAGCGCGCUAGCCUGGGUUUCCGCUUCUAUGCUACCAAGAUUCUGAUAUCGCAGCCCUGCCUUCGUCGUCUAGCUUAUCACCCUCCCAACAUGGGUCCAGAGGGGGCUACCUGUGAUACUAUGGCCGCUAUGUGUGUGCAAACAGCACAUCAGAUGCUGGAUCUCUUCCCCGAAGAGGUAGACACCAGUUGGCUCUUUAGAAUUUCCCCUUGGUGGUGCAUUUUACAUUAUUUGAUGCACCCCACUACAAUUCUCCUUAUUGAGCUCUUCACUCGCACUCGACCGGGAACUUCGAAGGCUCAAGGUAUUAUUGAUAGGGUUCAGAAGGCCGUUCGCUGGUUGUGUGAGAUGUCCACAAAAGACCCUUCCUCACAAGGAGCUUGGAUGAUCUGUAGGGAUAUUCUUUGCAAGCAUGGGUCGAAGUUUGCCAUUGACUUUGAGGUCAAACUUUAA